GCAGAAGAUAAUUGUAGUUUCGCCGGCGGUCCUCGGUCGGAGCAGGAGCAUAAAAAUGAUAUCAAGAGUUCUUCAUCCACGCAGCAGCAGCACGGAGAUAAUGCCGCCUCGUCCCUGGCAACUUCAAAAGGAAAUAAACUUCGCGGGCUCUGCUCUUCGGCAAGCGACCAGCGGCCUUUUUUGGGGAGUGCUUGGCUGGUGAACAAAACGAGCAUGCACCUGGAUUCUGACAUCGUCCCGGGGCAACCCGGCAUUUUUCUGCCGGACACGCACGGCGGCGAGAAUCUGAACACAUACAGAAACCAGUUGCUCGCGCUGCAGUACCUGCUGCUCACGGCCCAUGCGCGGGUGGAUUUGCGACUGCUCGAGAAGUACAUUAGACACGACCUGUACAAACUGUUGGGCGCGCUUCCCCCCCUGCUGGAAUGGGCGCGGACCUUGUGCUUUUGGAGCAAUAUUAUUACCACCUUUUACGCGUCCACGGAGCUUACCCGGGACUUGGUGGUGUAUCUCGUGACCAAUAAAGACAGAACGUUUGCGCAGGAAAUGCAUCGGGCGUUGGCGCGCGAGAGAAGCGCACAGAUCGCGCAAGACCCAAAAGCGUAUGACGAAGAGGCGGUCCAAGAAUACAUCCAGCAGAGCGACGCGGAAAAACAAGGCACCCUACAUCGCGUUGGUAACGAAGAAAGUGACGAGGAGUAUCUUGAGGGACUUGAACAAGACCUUCAGCGUGAAGAUGAACCCCAGGCCGCGAUGAACCCCAUAAACGAGAUGACACGGUGCCAGUGGAUGCAGCAGAUCCUUCUGGAGAACGUUGUUUUGCUGACGCAGAACAAGAAUGAUUCGCACACCUACGCCGCGCGGCUGCUGGCCCAGUUCAAGGGUGCGGGAUACUUGUCCGGACCCCACACCGCCCUGGAACGCUUGGCGAGCGUGGACCGCACGGAUAGCAGGAAGACGUGCUCGGUGGUGAACAAACAAAUGCAUCUGGCCUUGGAUCCCGCGGGGCCGGAUAUGCUGGAUUCCGGCGUCCGCUGCCAAGUCUUCUGUGCGUUCGAAUUCAAAACCAGGAAACAACAUCAAAACCAGCCCGAGCAGCAGCCGCAGGAGGGUACUAGUAGUUCCUCUUCAUCGGUAACAAGCGACGAGGACGACGAGGACGACACCCGCAUUCCGCAGCUGGUCGGGACGCUCAUCCUGAAGCACUCCAAGCCUCCGGAAGACCCGCCCCCGUUGCAACUGACGACAACGAUUUCCGAGGAGCAGAUGUUCAAGCUGUUGGAGGAAAAUGGGUUUGAAGAGGAGUACAAGACGCUACUGGAUCCAGACCAACGAGGCACCUAUCGGGACAAAUUGGGCGUGGAGCGCGAGCGACGAAGGAUGGUGGAACAGAUGAACCAACAACUGGAGAUGAUCGUGGACGAUGAGGAUAAGAACUCGGAUGAAGAUGAUGACCCCUUCUCUAGUCGUCAAAACGGCCUCUACGGCCCCGGACUACUGCAUCCACCUCCGCAUCCGCCGCCGGGUGUGUACAAUCCGUUCGUUCCGCAGGAGAUGAUGUUCAUGGCCCAGCAGCAGCAGCAGAAUAUUGUCGGGGCGUCAGCAUCCUCCUCAUCCUCUUCCUCCCGCCGGGUGGUCGCUGCUCCGCAGAACAUGUACAACAAGGUUAGCCAAGUGGGGGUGAGUCUGUCGAGCACCCGUGGCGCAAACAAAAAUGCGAACGCGCGCGGCUGGGCCAUCGUCAAGUACAUUGCCUCGUCUGCAACGCAAAAGGGAGUCGGGCUGCUCUUGCAGGAGAAAAUGAUGGCCUACCUAGAGCAACACGUACCGAAUUGCCGCAACGUAUACGCCGGAGCGUGGCUGGAGUACGACUACUCGUGGCUCUCCCACUACAACUGGGGCUACGAGUAUUGCGAUCCGAACGAAUGGCCCCGCGGCCAGCUUUUCGGGUACGGUACUGGAAUCAUGAGCGUCAAGAAGCCCGUGCCCUUGAAGCAGGAACAACCGCAAGAGCCAGCGGAGGAAAAUAAUACUCUUCUGUCGAAUUAUCAUUAUGGAAAUACUAAAUCAAUAAACCAGUCGAUGAUGAUCGGAGUAGGUGGUAAUAUUGUGCAGCUUCCAGCCGCGCAGGCGCACACCAGCACCAAUGUUGACCACGCAAUAAAUAACUACAACGUGCAGCCAGCCGGUCCGAGUUCCAGUUCGACUAACACAAACGGCAAGAAAGACACCAAACGUCGACCACGACACACGAUAAGCCAUGUUGACGCAAUAAAGUACAACAUGCUUCCAUCCGGUCCGAGUUCCAGCUCGAACACAAACAGCAACAAACGACCGCGACAGGCUGCCGCAGCCUCGUCGAAAGCCGGAGCCGCCAGCAGUUCUUCUUCUUCAACGAAUCACCUGAACAAGAAAGACAAUAAUGUAGUAGAAGAAGUAGAUCACAAUCGAAAUCAGAAACAAAACGAAGCUAUUAAGCCACCAGCUGCGCGGCCAAAGCAAGCUAGAAAUCGAUUUGGUCAAUUCGCAGCGGCUUCCAGUGUCAGCGAGGAGGAAGAUAGCAAGGACGAUUUUCACCCUCCCGAGGAAGAGUCGGAGUCUAGCAGCAGUGUCCGCAGAGCACGUAACAAGAAGAAAAGGCGGCAGACAAUGGCAGCGGCUGGCAAGUCCCGGGCAAAGAGGUAGAGAGCUAAGCCUGGCGACUCUGGAAAAACAGUGUCUCAUACUUACUUUACACCAUGCCCAUACAUGUUGAACACCUCUGCUGCAAGUACAGCGUACAAGUUGAAGCCCCAUUUUGAUCCCAAGUACGUGAGAAAUCAGAUUUCGGCUCUUUUCCAAAAUGCACACGACAACAACAUCAUCAUAUCCUCGCUUUCACACAAAUGAAUGUGUGGACGACCCGCAAUCCCGAAGCGCGCAAAGUAUUUCCCGUUCUUUACGACAUGGAAAGCUACACCCACUCUACUGAUUUUUCU